AUGCAAGGUCCUCAGGGGUGUGGCAAGACGACCCUUACGGACGAACUACAGAGGUACCUCUCGAGUAGCGAAACCAAAAUUCGCUCGGCGGUGCUCUCCCUUGACGACCUAUAUCUUACCAACAGGGGACUAUCCGACCUCUCUAUGAGACAUCCUGAGAACAGACUACUCUCCGGCCGAGGACUCCCGGGCACCCACGACCUCCAUUUGGCUCGCGCGAUCCUCGAAGCUGUCCUCGAUAAUCGAGAAGAUGCGGGCCCUGUACAUCUCCCGAUCUUCGAUAAGAGCGCUUUCGGAGGUCGAGGCGAUAGAUCCUCCUCGACUGUACCGAUCGAUACCCCUAUCGACGUCUUCAUAUUAGAAGGCUGGUCCAUGGGGUUUCAACCGCUAGGACAGGCAGAAAUUUCUCGGCGAUACAAUCAAGCUCUUCGAACUACCAAACAACCCGGGGCAUCCAAACCCGUCUUUUUAUCCCACUCACUUGAAUCCCUGAUACAAGUCGACGAGUAUCUGAAAACCGCUAGCGCGGUCCUCUAUCCGGCAUUCACUGUCCUCAUUCGCAUUCGACCCCGAUCUUACUCCUACGUAUACAGAUGGAGGAGGGAGCAGGAACACCAGAUGAUCACCGUCAGAGGCGCUGGGAUGACGGACGAAGAAGUCGAUGGUUUCGUAGCGCGUUACAUGCCGGGUUAUGAGUUAUGGGCUGAGCGUACCAAUAUCAACGAGGGAGGCGAGGUGGAGAUAGGAUGGGAGGGUAAUGUGCUUACUUUGUUGUACGGGAAAGAUCGGGAGGUGAUCUCGGUAGAGGAGUCAUGA